GUGAAUGCGCUGUAAUUCUGAUGUGUGUUCCACCGGUGCCAUUCGCCUAAUACCGCCCGCAGGCAUGGCUACCGCGUCGGACUGUCAGCAGCAGCAGCAGCCGUAGAGACGCUUUCACCGCCGCUCCUUCCGCGGUGCGGUUCCACUCUUUCUUUCAAAUCUUACCAGCUAUGUUCAUUGUCUAUCUGCCUGCGCAGUGCAAUGGAUUUUUUUUUGUACCUAUCUAAUGUCAUAGAGCACAGCCUGCGGUGACUAGUCAGGCAGCAGUACGCGGUACACCAAGGGACUAAUAAAUAAGACUGGACUAUAAAAUUAAAUUAUAUAGCUGGCGUUAGCUGCUACGAGGAAAAACAUCGCGGGGAACCGAGGCUGGAAUUAUGAAGGUCUGCCACCAUGUCUAAGGCCACAGUGAAGAAGCUGCACUGGCGUUCCAAAGUGCAGGAGAGUUUUGUUCCCCUGGGGGGUGGGUCUGGGGAGCUGGGUGUGGCCAUCGGGGGCGGGGCUGACUACGGAGAGUUCCCAUUCGUCACAGCAGCGCCGGGAGGCGGGGCCACAGUGGGUGACGUCAUACUGGAGAUCGGGGGUACGCCCGUCCUGGGCAUGACACUUGGAGACGUGAGAGGGGUCCUCAACUCAUGCCCCCAUCCCAUACGCAUUAAAACUGUCUCGCCAGGUUCCACUCUGUGUAAGGACCUGAGGCUGUACCUGAGCAAGUGUUUUACUCCAGGAUCCAUGGACAGCCAGCUCCAGCAGGUCAUCAGGGAGAACCUGUACCUCCGAGCCGUCCCCUGUACGACCAGACAGCCUCGCGACGGGGAAAUAUCAGGGGUUGAUUACAACUUUGUCUCCAUAGAAGAGUUUUUUUCCCUGGAAGAGUCUGGAGCCCUGCUGGAGAGUGGCAAGUUCAAGGGUAACUACUACGGGACGCCCCGCCCAGUCCACAUCGGUCCAGAGAGCCCACCAAUCACGUACCAGGAACACCGGAACCUGCUCCGGAACUUCAGGACACGCAGCAAGUCGCUAAGCAACCUGGAGAAGGCUGUAGAGGAGGGGGAGAACAGUGAGGAAGAUUCUGGACUGUCAGGAGGUUCAGUAGGCAUCAGCAGUGCCCCGCCCACAGCGCUAGCUCUCAGCCAAUCCUGGGACUCAAGAGACGGCGUGGGAGAAGAGAAUGGAGGGAGUAGCAUCGCCACACGAGGUGGAGGGGCACUGCCCGAGAAUUGGGAGCUGGCAUUCAGCGACUCAGGAGAGCCUUACUACAUAGAUCAUAUCUCUAAGACGACCAGCUGGCUGGACCCCAGAGCUCAGAGCAGGGAGAUACUCAGCAAAACAGAGUUGCCUGCGUUCACGGACCAGCCGGCAGAGCUGAAGGGCUAUUCCAUCCACACCCGUCUGUCUAAAGGGCCGCGAGGGUUCGGCUUCAACAUAGUGGGAGGAAGCAAACAGAGAGAGUUCCUCCAGGUCUACAGCGUUACACCUGGGGGACCACCAGCUCUCAGCACAGCUGAUAUCCUGGUCUACAUCAAUGACAGCUGUGUCCUGGGUCUGUCUCAUAAAGAGGUGGUAGAGAUGUUGAAGUCUGUCCCUAUGGGUCACAGUGUGGACGUUGUGUUACGGAGAGGCUAUCCCAUGCUCUACAACCCAGACGGCUGUCCCAAACAACCCCUGACCCCCCCCUCCGCCUCCUCCUCCUCUCCUCUUGAACCCCUCAGCGCUGCAGCCACCCCUCCCUCAACAGCCACCGCUCAGCCCCUCUCCACCCCCGGUCCCGGUCCUGGCCCUGCUGAGCCCCCCCAACCUACCGGCCUGGCUAACCUGAAUCGUACGUCUCAUCACAACGGAAACUAUCUCAGAGUGUCGGGAAUCUCAGGGUCGGGGCUGGACGCUAACGGGAACGCAGCAGACCUGGUGUCGGCGCCCCCCUCCUACCCGCUGUCUAACGGAAUCCUUAGCUCUUCCGCCAGCUCAGCUUGUGCCCCCUCUUCUCACAGUAGGGGCAUCCCCCCUCCUCCCCCGCCUGAACGAACCUCCACCAGCCAGAGUGACUCAGAGGAAGGAGCCUCGGGUGGAGCGACACAGAGAUGGUCUCUAAUGCGCUACAACGGAAACUCCCUCCCCACCCCCUCCUCCAUCCUCCACCACCAGAGUGACUUCUCCACCUCCACCCUGCCCAUCUCCGUCUCCAAACUGCCCCUGUCCCAGCCGGACGUGUGCACCGCCACCACCCCUGGAGCCCCCUGCCAACGACCCACCAUGCCCCAGACCUCCCUCAUGCUCCCCUCGCCCAUGGAGGUCCCCCCUUGUGGCUUCAAUGGCUGCCCAGCCAACGCCCACCCUCAUGGGGGCCACAGCGCGGCCAGUGAGGGAGUACCUGGUGGGGAUGGAGGAGGGGAGCUGGUCCCUGUGCCCCUGGGGAGGAGUGAGGGGGGUGGGAUGGGGUUCAGUGUGACAGCGGGGGGGAAAGGGGGGCAGCUGGCCCUGGUGAAGAGGGUCUGGGACAGAAGGCAGUGCUCUUCCCUGCAGCCAGGGGAUGCUAUAGUCAAGAUCAACGGCGCCGACGUGCAGAGUCUCAGCUUCGCUCAGGUCCAGCGGGUCCUCCAGAAACACACCAAGCAGGGAGAAGUAGUGCUGUUGGUUUACAGAGGAGGGUCUCUCUUCUCUCCUGUCUCCCCUAACCUCUACAAGCCCCUCCCCUCUCCCCUGGGCCCCUCCUCCUCCCAUGGCCUCCCAUCCGACCUGCCUGCCUCCUCCUCCACCUCAGAUGCCUUGGUGCCCCUGCACCUCCCUCACACCCCCCAAAUCCCCCCCAGCCACAGUGACCUCUCCCCAGCCUCGCCCUCCACAGAUCUCCCCUCCCUGGUCCAGAGCACAAGCUUUCUGGACUCAGUCCCUGUAACCCUCACCCUGGAACCCAGAGACUGGCUUGGGGUGGAGAACGGUGGUGGGGCCCCGGGUGUGUUGAGGCCCCCAGGAGGAGGAGCAGGACUGGGGGCUGUGGCCAAGGGCCAGGCGGACAGACGAGGGGGAGGGGCCAUUCUAGGGGUCAGGGGUCAGGAGGUGGAGCUACGGAGACGGCCAGGGGAGGGGUUCGGCUUCAUCAUCGCCUCAAAGGACCUGGCCAAUGGGGCCUCGUCCAUGCUGUCCCACAGGUUUGUGACGGUGCGUGGGGGCAGCCCUGCGGCCCGGUCGGGUCAGAUCCAGCCGGGUGACCAGCUAGAGGCAGUGGAGGGGCGGUCCGUUGUCACCCUGCCUCACAGAGACCUGGCACAGAUACUGAGACGGGCCGGAAACACACUCAGACUCACCAUCAUACCAAGACUUAACACCAACUCCUCUAGUAUGUCAGAAGGCCCAGAGUUAGACGCUGGUGGCAGGACAAGGAAAGGUCACAGAGGGAGGCCCAAGGUGAGGCUUCAGCAGGACCAGUGUUACUAUAGUGUAGACCUAGAGAGAGGUCCUACAGGUUUUGGCUUCAGUCUGCGGGGGGGCAGUGAAUACAACAUGGGCCUGUAUGUCCUGGGACUGAUGGAGGGAGGACCUGCCUCGCGCAGCCACAAGAUACAGGUGAGUGACCAGCUGGUAGAGAUAAACGGUGACAGUACAACAGGAAUGACCCACAGCCAGGCCGUAGAGCAGAUAAGAAGAGGAGGACAUCGUAUACACCUUGUACUGAAGAAAGGAAACGGAUACGUCCCAGACUAUGACCAUGAUCCCAGAGCAGGCUCCCCCUCCUCCUAUCUCUACCCAGAGGAGCCGGGUGUGGUUGCAGUAGAUAAAACACGCUCUCUGCCAACGAAGAGCGGAAGGGUGGAUAGAGGAGGAGGACAGAGGGAGAGGGAGAAGAGAAGGAGGCAGAGGAAGGGAGGUAGUCUGGGUGGAAGGAGUAGCAGAGGAAGAGGAGAAGGAGGGCGAGGUACUCCUGACACAGACCUGGAUUGGCCCGAGGAGGAUGAGGAGGACGGGGAAGAGGAAGAGGAGAGUCAGGUGAUCAGCCACAGAGGUCAGAAGUCAGAGAGUAAGGACAAUGGAAAAUAUACCCAGAGUUUACCCAAGAACGUACUAAGGAACAGACAGGAGGAGGUAGUGGAGACAGUGUCGGAGGUGAGGCACAGCAGGGUCAAACAGAGGUCAAAACAGCUGAGGAGCAGGACAACACAAAGUGAGAGGAGAGAGAGGGUAGAGGAAAUAAAGGAGCUGAACAUACACAUACUUCCCUCAGCCAGUAAAACACAGGCGAAGGUAGGAGGCAGGGAAGGGGGGAGGAGGAAGAGGGACGGACAAAGGGAGAAAGAGAGGGAGAGGGAGGCUGAGAUGGAUGUGAAGACAAGGGCUGCAGGACCUGUGGUGGAGGAUUCUGGGCUGGAAAAAAGAGACAGACUCCCAGAGAAAGAGAGAGAGCGAGCUCCCUUCUCCUUCCUCAUGCCACUGCAGGAUGGAGACGCUGAGCUGUCUAAUGCAGAGUCAGGGGCCUCAGGAGCCUCCGGGGCCAGCUUCUCUGACCAGGUCAGUGUGUCUGCCGCCAGUAUCUCUGGAUCCACCGCCGGGGCCCCACCCGGGUGGGGAGAACCCAGAGAACUGAGAGGGAACCCAUGGAGCACCCAGUCAUGGUGUCGGGCCACCAAUGCAUCCCAUAAUCCGGGCCCCUGGAGAAGUACACCCUCACGGGGGGCCACCUACGCCGGCCCCUGGAUUAAACCCAGCCAGCAGAAACUGACUCAGGUGUUGAUGGGACACAGGCUGAGAGGAGGUAUUGACCUGUAGAUGAGAGGAAGAGAGGGACGACUGACUGUUCCUGUGGUGCGGAUUAACAGAAGGAGUGUUGUGGUCUUUCUGAUAACUUUCCCAAAGGCAGAAAUCCUAGUUGGAGGAUUCACAGAUUUCCUGCUUAUUCCCUCAUAAUUCCAGGGAUCUCCAACCAGAAUUUUUUGGGCAAGUUACCAGAAUUUUGCAACCCUAGGUUUGACUGGCAGCUCCUCCAACCUAUCGUGGUCCUGACUGUUUUGACUGGCAAGCUCCUCCAACCUACCGUGGUCCUGACUGGUUUGACUGGCAAGCUCCUCCAACCUAUCGUGGUCCUGACUGGUUUGACUGGCAAGCUCCUCCAACCUAUCGUGGUCCUGACUGUUUUGACUGGCAAGCUCCUCCAACCUACCGUGGUCCUGACUGGUUUGACUGGCAAGCUUCUCCAACCUAUCGUGGUCCUGACUGUUUUGACUGGCAGCUCCUACAACCUAUCGUGCAUUAGAGCCUAGGACAACAACAAGACAGGACACUCCUAUGUCCACCGCACCCCAAAUCCCCAUUAAGCCAUCUCUUGACUAGGUCUCACCAGCCAUGCCCAUAAGUCUACCCACUACCACUGUCUUAUCUAUCUACAGUUAGUCCACCAUCACCUUCGGUUGGUUACAUUGGAUCUACAUUCUAUAUCAUCAUGAGUGGUAUCAUCUUCAACAUAAUCAUUGUCAUCAGAAAUUUUUAUUAUGAAAAUGCAAGUGGCAACAAUAUCAACAAUUGCAUAUAUCAACCCUCUCUCUACAAA